AUGGAAGAUAAGAAUGACAUCCGCGAAACAAGGCUUCAAAAAGAAAGAGAGCUCUUAAAAAAGCUGGAACCCACAAACUACACCCUCGAUUUCCCCGACUGCAGCAGAAGCUUAGAAAUAGUUACUGAAGUUCAAACCUUCCCAGUAAAAUUUUUCAUUCAUCUGCCAGAGCGCUACCCAUUCCAAUCCCCCAAAGUAUCUCUUUCAGUCUCCGACAAAUUAACUUCCCUCACUGAAUUUUACGACGACGAAAACAUCCUUGAGCAUGUCCUCGGAGAAUCCUGAAUUCCGGUCAUAAAUUUAUCUUCAGUCAUAGAAAAACUUGUGCAUUACGCCCAUCACUCAUAUAAAGCUCGUGGAAAAUCACUUUUGGCUGAAAUAUUUUCAAUGUACUGGAAAUGGAGCAUCAUUAUUGUGGUCUUGCUGGCUUUGCUGGUAAGAGUUGCGAUGAUUGCACAGCCCCAUUCUGGAUAUGAUAAUCAUCCUAAAUAUGGAGAUUAUGAAGCACAGAGGCAUUGGAUGGAAAUAACGACGAACUUGUCGCCUGAUAAGUGGGUAAUAAUUUAAAAUGGCGUUGAUUAAAGUAAUAGUCUACGGAUUGAAAGUGCUUCUCUGGCAGAUUUAAUUAUGACGUCUCAUUUGGUGAAUUUAUAAGCAAGGGAUGCAAGAGCCCACAGGCUUUGCACGAGAGGGAAUCAUUACGUAGGAAGUUUUAAUUUCCAUAAGUGCGCAACUCACCCAGAAAGUGGAGGCUAGGACCUUUUUGUUCCAAUUUUAAGGGGGAGUGAAUAUCCUGAGCUCAAAAAAGAGACUUUUACGCCCAAAUUUUAAGACUGGUGUCCUGCAUCUGAUCGAAUUCAGCUUAAAAGCAGCUUGAUGGCAGGGAAAAAGGCACGAAGUCGCCUAUUGCGGCUUUGAAGGUAGCUCUCAUAAGAUUGCCUGCUAAGCUAAAUUAAACUUAUAUAAAAUUAGAUAUAUAAGUGGUAUAAAGAUUCAGCGGAGAAUGACUUGGAGUACUGGGGACUUGAUUAUCCUCCUUUAACUGCCUGGCAUUCAUGGUUUUUAGGAUCCGUCAGCUCCAUGAUAGAACCUGAGUCCAUGGUUUUAGGAGAAUCUAGAGGAUAUUUAACAUCAAGUCACAAGCUAUUUAUGAGGCUAAGCGUGAUAUUAGGAGAUUUAUUUGCAUUUAUUCCUGCAGUAUUUAUGUUCUUUAAAAUGUAUUAUCGAUAUCUUUCAGGAGGAAUAAAGUACUCAGCAAUCAUUCUUAUAUUUUUAUCACCUCCAUUAUUAUUGAUUGAUAAUGGGCACUUUCAAUACAACAGCAUCAUGCUAGGAUUUUCGCUUUGGGCUGUUGUAUUGGUUUAUUAUGAUUAUUUAGGACUUUCUGCUGUAGUACUUGCUCUUGCUUUGAAUUUCAAACAAAUGGCGCUUUAUUAUGUGCUUCCUUUUGGCUGUAUUUGGAUGGCUAAAGCAUGGAAACGAGCAAGGCACCAGAGUAUGAGAUUUCAACCGAAUAUUAGAUGGGGAAUUAUGGCAGCCGAAAUUAUUUUGACUUUAUCCAAUAUUAUUGGCUGUGGAAUUAUUACUACAAUUAUCAUCUGGAUACCUUGGAUAGGGUCAAUUAGCGAUAUUACACAAGUUAUUUCAAGGAUAUUCCCAUUACAAAGAGGAAUAUUUGAAGACAAAGUGGCCACUUUUUGAUGCGUCUCAUCUAUUUUUAUUAAAUACAAGGAAUUGUUCCCGACAAAUUUACUUGCAAUGCUCUCAGCAUUGCUUACGCUUGCUGCAUCACUUCCAUUUUUGGUGCUUUUAUUCAAAAGAAAACCAAUUAAUUUGAGCUUUUUGCAUGCACUUUCAGGGGUUUCUUUAUCGUUUUUCUUGUUUUCUUACCAUGUGCAUGAGAAAACGAUAUUAAUUCCUCUGCUACCAUUUUCCUUGUUAUCAGUAAUAGACACACCGGAAUUAUUUAGAUUUUACGUUUUACUGGGAACUUUUAGUAUGUACCCACUUAUGAUCAAGGAUGGGCUGAGGUUUGCAUAUUUUUGCUUAUCAAUGGUUUUUUAUAUUAUGGCUGGAGACGUAAUUAAAACGUUGAAUUAUUUCCAAGACCGCAAAGGACACAAUUUGACGCUGUGGUAUAUAGGAAUAAUCCUAAUUCACUUGAUGGAGUUUAUAGAACCGCCACAGCAAUAUCCAUAUUUGUUUGACACUAUUAUUGCUGCGUAUUCUUUUCUGGGAUUUCUAUAUAUAUGAAUUUUUACUCUGAAAUCACAUUAUCAAAUUAAAGGAGAUUCUGACCCUCGAUAUCACUUGGAAAAUCGACUGAGGAAAAAAGCUAAAAUGAGUUAA